AUGGACUCCAAUAGCUCAAAUUCUCGCGUCUCGGUGGCCUGUGAGACCUGCCGCAGACGGAAGCGCAAGUGUGAUGGCUUGCGUCCUGCUUGCUCGUUGUGUAUAACCAAGCGUGCAGUUUGCCAGUACAAUACCGAAAAGCGCAACAGGCGUAGAGUUGACGCGGACUAUGUGAGGGGGCUGGAAGAUCAGAUCGCGAUGCUCAAAGAGGAGUUGCAUCGAUCCCAACCCGUCAACGCCGUCACUUUGACCGAGAACGUCCGGCUCGGACGCAAGGAGGCUUGUGCGAAUUCCCAUAACAAUACGGCAGAUCCUGCUACUGUUGCUUCUGCUAUACCAGACAGCAUGUCAACUGCGAUCGAAGACGUCAGCGCCCUGAUCUGGCGUAUGAGUAUUGAAAGCAAUGGGGAAGAAGCGUUUAUUGGACCGUCGGGAAAUUUCUGUUUCCCUGUCUCCCACUGGGAGGAUCUGAGCACGGGUGGACAGAAGCAUAUGCCUUCUACGACUCUCCCUAGUCCAAGCUCCUGGGAAGAAUCCUCCGGAUCUAGCCGGACGGACAUACGAAGUACUACAAGCUACCUGCUCGCUUUGUUCACACAAUGCGUCAACCCCAUUCACCAGUUCGUCGACACGGAGACUCUGAAUAAGCUGCACGGCGAUCACCUGAACGCAGACCUCACACUAAUCAAGACCGCUGCGUUAGCCGCUGGCGCACUUUACUCGGAUGAUGCCAAGAGCAGGACGGUUGGCGAGGAGGCUGCAGCCGUGGUUGACGCCAUGGUCAUGCAGCACUGUCGAGAAUCGCCGAGUGUUCAUACCGUACAGGCUUUAUCUAUCAUGUGCUGGCGGGAGCUGGGGCUCGAGGAACACAACAUGGCGUGGAUGUACAACUCAAUGUGUGCCAGCAUGGCCCUUCACCUAGGCCUACCAGUCAGCAUGGCCCAGGAGACCAAAUUAUCCGAUGCUGAGUCCAUCAAUUCACACCAAGAAGUUCACGCUCGUCACGUUCAGUUGAGAGCGCUCUGGUCAUCAGUGUUCAUGGAUCGAAUCGCAACAUCCCUUUUGGGACGCAACUGUAUGCUCCCAUGGAGGCGGAUCAAGACCCAGUUCUUUAUCAGCACCGUUGGGCCGGUACCUUCCCUAGACGAGCUAGCCUUUGACCAUCAAUGCCGCUUGUGGUUCAUCCAUGAUCAACACAUGGAUAGAAUCUACUCGUUCGAAUUCACAAGCUUGAGCAGCGCCCAAAAGUUCCAUAUCUUGUUGAAUGCGCGGGACCAAUUGUACGCUUUUCGACGACAGGUGGACCCUCAAAUCCAGUUGGGCCGGACCCGUGCGAUCGUGCCCUCGAUCAUCUACUUGCACAUCUCGUACCACAUGUCGCAUAUCCUCAUCCACCGGCCGUACCUCAAGCAAGCCACCCAGCGAAGCAGCAUGUACCAGCUAUGCGUUCGCGCCAUGUCCACCGCCGCGGCGUCGAUUGUCCGACUCCUCCGUGAGUACCGCAAGGUCGCGCCGGUCGACCACAUGCCCCCGUUCGUGGUUCACAGUGUGCUCACGGCCGCCGUGACGCACCUCUGCAAUGCGACCUCGACGUACCAGGCCCUACGAAGCGCGUCAACUGCGCAGUUUCGGGUGUGUUUCCAUGUCCUGUGGGUGAUGCAGCAGCGGUGGGUCAAAGCGAGGCGAGCGAUUUGUCUCUUGCGGCAGCUGGCGCGCAGAUGGCAGGUCAUGGGGGCCUUGCCUUUGCAGCAUGGGUUUUCUGCUGUCUCUAAUCCGAGAGAGGAGGCGCCAGAAGAGGAGCAGCUUGAGUCAGAAUGGUUGCCCGCGGAGGAGGCUCAUGAGGACGAGGACACGGCUUUAUUUGACAGUGAAGAAACAGGGACCGCCAGCAUCUUUCCGGACCUCUUCCAUGAGUCCGGCUUCGACUUGUUUGGGAUGACAGACUACUAG